CUUUCUCUCUCUUUCUUUCUUUCUUUCAUUCUUGAACGCAAUGACAUUCUUUAUUCUACUCAUUACUUUUUACCUUUCUUAUACAAAGACAUUGAUAUCAGCAGCUGGUAAUCUUCCCUUUUCAACCUUACCUAGUAACAAUUGUACUGCACCCUCCAUUUGUGACCAAGUUCAAGGUACUCUCAACUGUCGGUGCGAUCCAACCAUUACUGUUUGUUAUAAUGACAAGCACCAAUAUUGUUGGGGUUCUUCAACUUUACAUGAAACAUCAGCAUGUCCUGCCAUACCUUCUUCUUGUCAAGCUGGAUUUAAUUCGACCGCCUCAUGUCUUUGCAAUUCAACCAACAUUUUAUGUAUUGAUCAAUACAGUCAUGUUUGUUAUGGUGCUAUCCAAAAAGGUUCUUCUACAGUGACAUUAUUACCUUUAGGGGGAAUAUCACCUCUCUCUUCUACAACCUCUUCAACUGUUUCCUCUACUCUAGCAAGUUCUUCUAUGGUUGCCACAUCUACUCCUCUUCCUCAAAAAAGUGAUGCUCUAUCUUCUUCUUCCUUGGUAUCUCCAUCAUCCAUCGUUUUCUUGGCAUCCUUGGCGUUCUCCUUGCCUUAUUUUUGAAAUCAAUUUAUAGUUACCAUCCACCAUACCAUCAUCAUCAUCAUCAUCAUCAUCAUC